AUGGAGUCCAUUCCCCCUGUUUACUCCGCGCCCACAAAGAAGACAUACUCCCCACCAUGGGCGGAUCUGAGUAUCAUUGGUAUAGCUGGUAGCUCUGGCUCUGGCAAAACCUCGGUGGCGAUGGAGAUUGUGAAGUCUCUGAAUCUGCCGUGGGUUGUCAUCCUGGUGAUGGACUCGUUCUAUAAGAGCCUGACCCCAGAGCAACACCGCAAAGCGCAUGCCAAUGAAUUCGAUUUUGACUGCCCGGAUGCGAUAGACUUUGAUGCAUUAGUACAGACCCUGACCGAUCUGAAGCAAGGAAAGAAGGCCAAUAUCCCUGUCUAUUCAUUCGGUGAACAUCAGCGUCAACCCCAGACGACGACCCUCUAUUCUCCGCAUGUUUUGAUUUUGGAGGGAAUCUUGGCCCUGCAUGAUCCACGGAUCAUGGAGAUGUUGGAUGUCAAGAUCUUUGUAGAAGCCGAUAUGGAUGUGUGCCUUGGACGCAGAAUCUUGCGCGAUGUCCGUGAAAGAGGCCGAGAUAUCGAUGGCAUCAUCAAGCAGUGGUUCCAAUUUGUCAAGCCAUCGUAUAAGACAUUUGUCGAGCCUCAGCGUGCAGUCUCGGACAUCAUUAUCCCACGCGGAAUCGAAAACAAAACCGCCAUCGAUAUGGUCGUGAAGCAUAUUCAGCGCAAGCUGCAGGAGAAAUCCGAGAAGCACAGUGCGGAGUUGCAAAAAUUGGGCAAGCUCGCUUUGGAAGAGAAAUUGUCACCCAACGUGUUUGUCAUGCCUCAUACGCCGCAGUUUGUCGGUAUGAACACCAUCCUACAGGAUCCGGCCACGGAGCAAGUCGACUUUGUUUUCUAUUUCGAUCGGCUUGCUUGCUUGUUAAUUGAAAAAGCGCUUGACAGCACUUCGUAUGAUCCAUCCAAGGUGGAGACUCCUCAGGGAACUCACUACGACGGGUUGAACCCGGCAGGCACAGUGUCCGCCGUGGCAGUUCUACGCGGUGGCUCCUGCCUUGAGACCGCGCUCAAGCGAACCAUUCCUGAUUGUAUCACUGGUCGCGUACUCAUCCAGACUAACGAGCAGAAUGAAGAACCCGAGCUGCACUAUUUGAAAUUGCCCUCGAAGAUCGAGGAGCAUGCGACCGUCAUGCUUCUGGAUCCUCAGAUGUCCAGCGGAGGAGCUGCCUUGAUGGCCGUCCGCGUGCUGAUCGACCAUGGGGUCGCGGAGGGCAAGAUCGUCUUUGUCACUUGUGCAGCUGGGAAGGUUGGGCUCAAGCGACUGACUACCGUCUAUCCCCAAGUGAAGGUCAUUGUAGGACGGAUUGAGGAGGAGCGGGAACCCCGGUGGAUGGAGAAGAGAUAUUUUGGAUGUUAA